CCAGUAUGGGCUUUCUUCGCAUUGGCAGUGGAGGCGGACUUGCGAUCGGAUUGAUUUUCAACGUAAUUGCAUUGUCAACUCCUGGUUGGAUUUACACAAAUACAUAUUCGGUAGGCUUGUUCGCGCUAAAGACUGGGGACGUAACUACGGAUGUGAUUAAAGGAGACGCUGAGAAAGUUUGUAUCGCCUUCAACGUGAUGGGAGAUGUGAUAUUAUUGUGUGGUGCAAUAGCUGCUUUGAUAGCUGGAGGUAAAGAGGGAAAAGAAGUUAUUGGAAAAGUUGGAGGAGUAUUGUCCAUUCUUGCAGGUAUAUUCAUUAUGAUCGGAAUGGCUACUUACACCGGUUUAAAAUCUGGAGUAGUAUCGAUUCCAUCCGUCGACUGGGGAUAUAGUUUUGCAUUCGGAUGGGUUUCGUUUUGUUUGGCAAUUAUCGGGGGAAUUGUUGCAUUUGUUGGAAAAUAAGCACUACGAAAAAAUAAUAAAAUUUUAAUUAAGUUAAUUCAAUGCUUGUGGUUGUAGCAAUUUCCUGUUCUGAAGUUAUUCUCAU